AUGGGGAAGCACGAAUCAACCACGACAUCCACGACAUCCACGACAUCCACCACACCCAUCAGCACCAAACGAUCCUCACCCUCCACACCGCUCGCCAAACCCACCAUCCGUCUCCUAUUCACCUUCCUCACACCACGAGAUGCCCUACUCCUCCUGCUCCCAGCUCUGCUCUGCAGUCUCAUAGUUGGACUCGUGCCGACUGCAAUGUCCAAAGUGGUCGGUCACGCCUUUGACGCGUUCACCUCGUACAACCCUACGCUCCUUCCACCCUCCGCCAUCCCGUCAUCUGCGCAUCAUCGGCUGAUGCACUCCAUCCUCUCCUCGGUCUACUUGCUUCUUGGGCUAGCAGCGGCGUGCUUUGUGAUCAGCACGCUGAGCGUCAGUGCGUGGAUCUGCUUGGGGGAGCGUGCGGCGGCAAGGGCGAGAAGGGCGCUCUUCGAGGCUGUCAUGGGCAAGAGGCUGGCGUGGUACGAUACAGGAAUGGGUUUGUCGAACGAGGAUGGGGAAGAGGAGGUUUCGCCGGCGGGACUGAUGACGAAAUGCGCCAGGGAGCUCGACGACCUUCGUGUAGCGCUCUCGAGAGAGGUCGGCAAUGUCGUACAGCACGUCACGACGGCGCUGGCGAGUCUCGUGCUCGCACUGUACACCAGCUGGAGCUUGACACUGGUGAUUCUGGCGAGUAUUCCAGUGGUACUAGUGCUCACUGUGGUGACCGAGAUCGGCGCGGCAAAGUGGCUACAGAGGGAGCGAGUCAGUACUGCACACGCCACGUCCAUGGUCGAGCGCGUCAUCGAAGCCAUCAACACGGUGAAAGCAUUCAACGCGCAACGCAAGGAGACCACCCGAUUCGAAGCCGAGCUUAAGCAGGGGUGCAAGUCAUGGCGUAAAACGCUGCUGUGGUGGGCUGCACGAUUCGGUGUCACCAGCGGUCUGGUCUUUGCGACGUUUGUCCAAGGGUUCUGGUUCGGCAGCCACCUGGUGGGCAAAGGGAAGAUCACGCCGGGUCAGGUCAUGACCGUGUUCAUGGCGAGUCUGUUGGUCUCCUCGACGAUGGGUCAGAUCGUUCAGGCGCUAACGUACAUCGAUAAGGGCAAGAUCGGCGCUGCUAACCUGGUCAACCUGAUCAACUCGCCGGAUGUCCCGCAACACAAGUUGCGCACUUCGAAUAGCACGGCUUCGAUGCGAUCAUCUGGCUAUACGGACGACAAGACACCCCUCAGUCCCGGCUUCACCUCGCCACGCUCCGACAUCUUCACAGUCAACACGCUCGACUACGAUCCCCGUCGCGCGCGCGCGGUGCCCAUGUCGAUCGAGCGCAUCCCCGCCUCACCCUCAACGCCUACCACCUUCACUCACCGACACCGCGCGCGACGUCGCGUGCAGAACCUGCGCCGCAUCGCUCCCACCACGUGUCUUGGCGAGAUCCACCUGCGCAACCUCUCCUUCGCCUACCCCUCCCGACCCUCAACGCUCGUCCUCGACAAUGUCAGCCUGUACUUUCCCGCUGGCGAAACGACCUAUGUUGUCGGUGGUUCUGGUUCGGGUAAAUCCACGAUUGCCCAGCUCCUUUUGCGGCUGUACGAGCCAAGCGGGGGAAGCAUCCAGAUCGACGACCAGGUAGCGGACUACCUCGACCCAGCCUGGAUCCGUCGUCAUGUCGGGGCGGUCUCCCAGGACAGCGUCGUCUUCGACAUGAGCGUGCACGACAACAUUGCGCUUGGACUCGCCACCUCCGACGGCAUGGCUAACGUCUCACGCGCCGACGUGGAGAACGCAUGCCGACUAGCCCUCCUCCACGAAUUCAUCCGCGAUCUGCCCGACGGGUACGACACGAUGCUCGGCGCCAAAGGCACCGCACUUUCAGGUGGACAGAGGCAAAGACUUGCCAUUGCGAGGGCGAGACUGCGCGACCCAUCAGUGCUCAUUCUCGACGAAGCUACCUCUGCGCUGGACCCAACAACGCGACACCUCGUACAUGAAGCGAUCAAAGCAUGGCGCAAGGGAAAAACGACCAUCGUCAUCACCCACGACCUGUCUCAGAUCGAGGAUGGCGAUUUCCUCUACCUUCUCGAGAACGGACGGUUGGUCCAGCAGGGAUAUCGCGCGGAUCUCGAGGCGAAGGUUGGAGCGUUUCAACGCAUGGCGAUGCAGCAGAGUCGAUCGAGUGGACAGCCUGACGAAGAGGAAGCAGAGAUGGUGCAGCAGCAGGUGGAGAGGACGUACGACGAGCCGAGCCGGCGGCAGAGGGGGAAGUACCGGUCGAUGCUGGGUUGGGAGAGGGAAGGGGGGAUCCUGUCGGAGCAUCUCUCGCUGAUCAUCUCGCAGAAGCUCGAGAAUGUGCCUUCGCAUCUCAAGCCGUUGCGGCUGGCGGAGCGGCAGGCGAUCAACAGCUACUUUGAGGAUGCAGAGGCAUUGAGAGCGACUGGGUCGAGUGCGAGUCAUCGCCGUGCGCGGAAUGGCACCGUCGAGCGCAAACGAUGGGAUGCACAACCUAUUCCUCAUUCCACGGACGCAAGUGGCUCAGUGACCAUUGUCCCCUCUUCCGAGGUGCCAAGCCGCAUGCCCACCGUGCGCGAAGUAUCGUCCAUCCUCUGGAGGACCAUCCCUUCCCGCGCCCUGUUGCUGCUCGGCAUGCUGAUCUGCGUCCUAGCCGGAACAUUGACCACCAUCUUCUCGUUCAUCCUCGCCAAGCUCCUCGCCACCAUGGGUCGACCCGAUCAGUCCGCCACCGUGCUCAGAUACUCGCUCCUCGUGCUGCUCAUCGCCUUCCUAGAGGGAAUCUUCGCCUUCACGCGCUACCUCUUCAUGGAGACCCUCGCAGACGAGUGGCUGCUCACUCUUCGAACCUCCUCCUAUCGCAACGUCAUCUCCCAAGACCGAACGUUUUUCGACCGACCGUCGCACACCCCCGCCCGCGUCUGCCAGAGCAUCGUCAAGGACGGUGACGAUGCACGUGGACUUGUCGGUCAGAUCAUCGGUCAGCUCGCACUCAUUGCGUCCAUGAUCACGCUCGGCAUUGUUUGGGCCAUGGUGGUUGGCUGGAAGCUGACGCUGGCAGGUGUAGCCUUCGGACCGGUCUUCUUGGCAGCGACGUUCCUCCAGAGUCGCGUCAUCGGACAUUACGAGGCGAGGAACAAACUCAAGCGCGAAAUAGUGUCCGCUAGGUUUCACGACAUGGUGAGCCAUAUUCGGGCGAUACGGACGAUGGCGCUAGAAGGCGUGUUCGCCACAGCGUACGGUGCAGCGGUGGACGAUGCUCAGCGAUGUGGGAUGAGGAGCGCUGUAUUCGCUGGGUUCGGACACGGACUCAGCGAGGCCCUGACGUACAUCGCCGAAGCGCUGAUCUUUUACGUCGGCGCAAGGUUGAUUGUGUCCGGGGAGUACGAUUUCGGACAGAUGAUGCAGGUGUUCAACCUGAUCAUCUUUGCGGUGACGUUUGCGGCGCAGAUGCUAACGUUCUUGCCGGGGUUGUCGAAGAGUAUGAAGGCGUUGGCGGAUCUGGAUUUGCUUUUGCAACCGCAUCCGCGCAGUGAGGCGACGGGAUCGCUCACCAGAGAUGUCAGGGGCAACAUCGAGUUCCGCCAUGUAUCCUUCGCCUAUUCUGGACGGGACACCCAUCAGGUGUUGCAAGACGUCGACUUUGGCGUAUCUGCUGGCGAAGUCGUUGCCAUCGUCGGCGCGUCUGGGUGCGGCAAGUCGACGGUCGCUGCCCUCCUUCAGCGACUCUACCACCCGACCUCCGGCGAAAUCUUGCUCGACGGCACCCCCAUCGACACCCUCUCCGUCGAAUGGCUGCGCGAACACAUCUCCGUCGUAGGCCAGAACCCCAGCCUGUUCGACACGUCGAUCGCGCACAACAUCGCCUACGGCGCCAACGCCAAGAUUUACGAAGAGCCCCUUGCGCACACUCGCUCCUCGCUGGCAGAAGCAGACUUAGCGAUGGUCCAAGACGCAGCACGUGCAGCCAACGCUCACUCCUUCAUCACCACCCUUCCCGGUGGAUACGACACCAGUGUCGGCGGCGCGACGGCCAAACUUUCGGGUGGUCAAGCUCAACGUCUCGCCAUAGCCCGCGCGCUGAUGCGGGUGAGAGCAAGAGUGUUGAUCUUAGACGAAUGCACCUCGGCGCUGGACGUGGCGAAUCAGCAGGUGGUGGUCGAGACGCUGUUGGCGGAUGAGUCAGAGGUGAGGCGGAGAAGGAUGACGACCUUGGUCAUCACGCACAAUGUCGAGAUGAUGCGCAGGUGCGAUCGCGUGCUGGUGCUCAAGGAGGGGAGGGUGGUCGAACAGGGCAAGUUUGAGAAUCUCGUCAAGAUGGGAGGGUACUUCGCUUCGCUCACGAGAGGUGGGGAGUGGACUGGAUAG